GCACGACGCGAACGCAACAGCAGCACCAUUGAAUGAGGAGGGUUCCACGGCAGCCAGAGCGAACCGUUCGUUUCAAAAGUGACGCGCUCGUUGGUUGCUGCACAUCGUGUCCCGUUCGUUGUUUGUGUAAUUCAGCUGUACGUGGAAAGACCUGCUUGAAUUCUUGAGUUUUCUUUUUUCGGAAUCGUUUUAGUUCGUUUUGGGCCGGAUUCUGGAUGGAUUAAUUUGGUUUCAAAUUACGCGCAAUUUCCAGUUUGAAUUCCGUGAGUGAUGUCGAAUGAAGGGUAGUUGUUUCCUUCGUUAGAGAAAAGUCGAUCGAUCGAUACAACAGAAGAGGCGACUCUCUACAUUCUAUACGUUAAGCAAGAGUUGAAAAAUCUGAAAAAUUCAACAGCCACUGGAAAACUACAGUUAAUUUUGUUUUAGAAUGAUACGGAAAUAGUCGAGGAUAUUCGGUGCAUGUGCAAGUGGCUAUAUCGGGUUCAGGUGAAAACAAAAGUGCGCUCCUCCGAACUAGCAUCGACUAACAGCUGCGAAGUGGAAGGUGUGUGAAAGUGGAAGGAAGAAGGCGAUCCUCGACUACGACGUGAUUGCAUCAUUAAUAUACGUUGAAUCACACUUGCUAUCGUAAAUCAUGAAAAGUAUAUAAAAGCGUUAUCAUAACGGAAGAUUUUUGGUGACAAGAAGUGGCAAUAAAAGUAAACAUUUCCACUUUGGAAAAAGUUGAUUAUUCCUAAUAUGAAUUUUUGGAUUGUUUACGAUAAAAGUUAUUGAUAUCGAUGAUUGCCGAAUGCCUCGCUAUGGAUAACUUGAAUGGGGCCGCAAUUAGUUUAGUGUGGGAAUAAGUGAAACUGGCUUAGUGUGUUGGGUGGUAGUUAAAUUGUUGGUUGAAAUAGUUCAACUAUUUGUUUUUGGUGAUAAAAAUAAACUGACAAAAUGUCGGUUCAAGCAAAGCGUCAACAUUGUUAUUUGUGCGAUUUGCCGCGGAUGCCGUGGGCAAUGAUUCACGAUUUUACGGAAGCUGUAUGUCGAGGAUGUGUUAACUAUGAAGGAGCGGAUCGUAUCGAGCUGGUUCUGGAUACCGCCCGGCAGAUGAAACGGAUCCAUGCCAGUGGUGGCGGUGGCGGCAGCGGAAGUGCAUCAGCUGGAGGUGGCAGCGGUGGCGGUAAACGAGGCGGUGGCCACGAAAACGGUGAAAUGCCACCGCACAGAUCUGUUCCACAGGCACACCAUCACUACUCGGUACGAGCCGGGCCGAAUGGGCCGGCGCUUGUCGAUUUCACACCGAAGCACGAGCCGCACGACAUGCCGGGUGGUGUCCGUCCCGGGGCUCGCCUCCAACAGCAUAUUCCGCCACAUCACAUGCCACCGCACGCCAACAGGCAGCAGGUUCCACCGGCGCUAUCCGUCAAUCUGAAACGACCCCCGCCGGAGGACGACGAGCACGGUCCGAUGGAUGGGCCGACGGGCAGUGCCAAACGAGGCGCCGAGGACCCGUCGGUUGCCAUUCAGCAGCGACCGCCGCUGACACGGGGCGAAUCCCUGCCGGCGGUACCGUUCGUUCCGGACCGGCAGCCCAGCUACAAGGACAAACACCCGGUGCGGACUGCUUCCUUCGAUACGGCCAACUUCAAACCGACCGCUACUGACCUCAAACGGUGGAUACUACCGAAUGUAGCACCAAACGACUAUGUUGCAACAAUGAAUUCAGACCAAAAACAACAAAACAUGGGGAUUUACGUGAACGCCCCUGUUGUGCAACGUUACAAAUUGUACCCGACCGUGAUACCGAUUCCGCCAGUUUCGAUGGGCGAUUCUACACCACCAACCCCAUCGGUGGCUCCCCUUCAGAGCCCCAUGGCCAAUCUAAUGUCGAUCACCGAAACGCUGCCACCUGGUAGCCCACGCAACGGCCCCAGCCCACCGGGACCGCCACCACCACGAACGGCUUCCCGAGGCUCCCAACAUUCGCCCAACAGUUCCGGUUCGUCCAGUGGUAGACGGUCGUCCGGUUCGCGGCACGUAUCCAGUACAACAGUCACAUCAACCGAGGCAGCGCAGUCGAACUCUGGCGGUGCUACCACUCCGAACGGUAGCGGUCCCAACGGUAACGCAGGCACACCACCGGUCACGCUCGGACCCCUCGGACAACCUUCCAUAGCUCAAGGUCCGCCCGGUCAGCCCCAACAAUCACAGCCCGGUUCGCAACCUCCAUCGGACGGCGUCGCCGGACCAGCGGGCGCGCCCGGUUCCGGCGGACCGGGAGGUCCCGUCGGACCUGGCCCAGUAGGACCCGGAGCACCACCGGGAAUCAAUGGUCCCGCACCGAACAGCGCACCCGGUGGACCUGCCCCCGCUCCCGCACCGAAUCCGACACUCAAAUGUACCCUCUGCCAGGAACGGUUGGAAGACACGCACUUCGUGCAGUGCCCCUCCGUCGGGCAUCACAAGUUCUGCUUCCCCUGCAGCCGCGAGAGCAUCAAACGACAGGGCUCUGGCGCCGAGGUGUACUGUCCGAGUGGUGAGAAGUGCCCGCUGGCCAACUCGACGAUACCGUGGGCGUUCAUGCAGGGCGAAAUCGCCACCAUCCUCGGCGAGGAGCUGAAGGUGAAAAAGGAACGCGAAACGUAGAGCCGCCACCACCAGGCGCAUCAUCGGCACGAUGUUGGAAGUUCUGCCGCUGCCAGUGGUGAUGAGUCGAUGACGUCCUCCUACCGUUACUUGUACUAUAACAAUAGCCACAGCAACAACAACAGCAGCAGCAGCAACGAGAUCUACCAACAGGACGUGGCGGGGGGUUGCGGUCCUGCUGCUCCGUCUCAGCAGCAGCUGUACUACCGUCAUCAACCCCCACCACUGCAGCAACAGCCUCAGCAGCAACAACAGCAGCAGCAGCAUGGUCAGUUGGUUGUGGCUGCGUCAAGUUAUUCCACUGCUCAUCAGCCUUCAGCACAAUCCAUUGUUUGGGAGUUUGGCAAUGCCGGAACUCAUAGAGAAUUUGAGUGAAAAACGGACAUUUUUUCCCAUGUCGUUUGUGGGGCGUUAGAGAAUGGUCCAACUUUCGCAGCGAAAGUUUGACUAGUUCUACAAAAAUUUAUAGGUUUAAGAAAAGAAUCUCUGAGGGAUUUUGUCAAAAUUGUUGGUAAUGCCAGCAAGAUGAAAGAAGAAUUUUUGUAUGCAUACCAUUUUUGGGAUACAAUAACAGAAAAAGAAAAAUCAAUUGUUGUACAUAAUCAAAAUAGAAUAAGAUGGAGCAAGAAAAAAAACGCGAGUAAAAUAAUGAUUGCUAUUUCGUGGUGAAAUUAAACUAUUUUGGUAUAUCUCGUGCAACUCCAUCAAUCGCAUGGAGCGGGAUUUAAAAUCACACAAACCACGCUAUUCAUUUUAAAUUUUCCUUUUUAUUCCUUUGGCAGAAUUGCAUCGAUGUUGAUGCAAUAAGGAUGAUCGGAAUCCUUAGUGAGAAUCAAUUACAGUUACAGUGAACGUUGGAAGCGCGAAACUAUGUGAAUAAUUAAUUUAAGAGAAUAAACAGACAAAUACAUACUUAUAUGUUAGAAACAACAAUAAGGAAGGUAAUCCCCUUACAAUUGAUACGUUUGUUUUACAGAAAGAUUUUUUAAUUAGUUAAGAAUUUUAUAUUUUAUAGUGCCCGAGGAGGCACGCUUGAAUAAAAUCUACAAACAAACAAACCCUUACACAAUAGCCAGAAAAUAAACCGUUGCUAACAUAUAAUAUGGAUGUAGAAGCCAGUUCAUAAGGUGAAUUUCGCGUAGCAUAGUUCAACUUAAAACAUUUUUUUGUUUUGUGUAAGGAAUAACAUAAGAGAAAUAAACUUUGUAACGCAAGAAGUGAAACAAAUCAAAUAACUCUAUUUUAAGAGUUGACUUAUUUAAUUUUUUAAACCCUAUUAUUCUUAUUCUUACUUUAGGAGCAAAAUACAACCAUAUAUUUAUGACUAUUGGUAUAGUUUAUCUUUCUUUUUAUUUCAAACAGACUACUUGUACAUAGCCGAGAGGAACUAAUGCGAAAAAGAGCGAGAAUGUGGAACAUUAUUUGUUUUUUAAUUUAACAAUUUUAAAUGGACAGAGAAAAGAUAGUGAAGAAAACAAUGUUAAACCGAAAGCAGAGGAUUUGUAAAUACAGAUGAAAAUUAUUGGUCUUACAA